UAUCGAAAUUUGGUCACCUGCAGCGAUAACAACUAUCGAUAGUCAGCAGCCCAGUUGCCAGCUGUUUGGUCUCCGUUUGUGUUGUGUAACUGAACUAAACGCGUUUUAUUUUUGAGCACCAAGAUGUCCGCAUCCGCUGCCCGAGGCUCCACGUCGCUGCUGAAGCGCGCCUGGAACGAGAUUCCGGACAUCGUCGGCGGAUCCGCCUUGGCCCUCGCCGGGAUCGUGAUGGCCACCAUCGGAGUGGCCAACUACUAUGCCAAGGACGGCGACAACCGGCGCUACAAGCUCGGCUACGUCGUCUUCCGCCACGACGACCCGCGCGCCCAGAAAGUCCGCAACGACGAGGACGACUAGAGGAUCACCCCCCGAAAGUCGGGCUCAUCUUUGAUUUAUUUGUUUACGCUAUAGCUAAGUAAAACAAACAACUAAAUGUACAGAAGGCA